UGUGACAAGAUUGUCGAGCGGCGAGUGAAGGAGGAGAUCUGAUAUUAAUCAGUGCAUAGCUCGGAGCCAAACUUUCUCAAAUGCGGUGUAGAAACAUGUUCUUCUCAUUUAAGGCAUCUCUUUGUGGCUGCGGGGCUGCCACCGGCCUGACUUUGACAGCUAUCGGCUGUACGCUGAACUGCAGUUGCCAAAGCUUCAAACCAGGGAAAAUAAACCACCGUCAGUGUGAGCAGUGCAGACAUGGAUGGGUGGCCCACGCUCUGAGUAAGCUGAGGAUCCCUCCUGUGUAUCCAACUAGCCAGGUGGAGAUUGUCCAAUCCAAUGUGGUGUUUGAUAUCAGCAGCCUCAUGCUCUAUGGGACCCAGGCCAUCCCUGUUCGCCUGAAAAUCCUAUUGGACCGUCUCUUCAGUGUGUUGAAGCAAGAUGAGGUCUUGCAGAUCCUCCAUGCCUUGGACUGGACACUUCAGGAUUACAUCCGUGGAUAUGUGCUGCAGGAUGCAUCCGGAAAGGUGUUGGAUCACUGGAGCAUCAUGACCAGUGAGGAAGAGGUGGCCACUUUGCAGCAGUUCCUUCGUUUUGGAGAGACCAAAUCCAUUGUUGAGCUCAUGGCCAUUCAAGAGAAAGAAGAGCAGUCCAUCAUCAUCCCACCUACCACAGCAAACGUAGAUAUCAGGGCUUUCAUCGAGAGCUGCAGCCACAGGAGUGCCAGCCUCCCCACUCCUGUGGACAAAGGAAACCCCAGCAGUAUACACCCCUUUGAGAACCUCAUAAACAACAUGACUUUCAUGCUGCCUUUCCAGUUCUUCAACCCUGUGCCUCCCGCACUGAUAGGGUCACUGCCUGAACCAUAUAUGCUGGAGCAGGGUCAGGACCAAAGUCAGGACCCCAAACAGGAAAUCCACGGACCCUUCCCUGAAAGCAGCUUCCUCACUUCCAGUUCCACCCCAUUUCAGGUUGAAAAAGAGCAGUGUCUAAACUGUCCAGAUACUGUUACUAAAAAGGAAGACAGCACCCAUUUAAGUGACUCCAGUUCAUACAACAUCAUCACAAAGCUAGAAAGGACACAGUUGUCCCCCGAAGCCAAAGUGAAAUCCGAGAGGAACAGCCUUGGCACAAAGAAGGGCCGGGUGUUCUGCACAGCAUGCGAGAAGACCUUCUACGACAAAGGCACCCUCAAGAUCCACUACAACGCCGUGCAUCUGAAGAUCAAGCAUAAGUGCACCAUCGAAGGCUGUAACAUGGUGUUCAGCUCCCUGAGGAGCCGGAACCGCCACAGCGCCAACCCCAACCCCCGGCUGCACAUGCCAAUGAACAGAAAUAACAGGGACAAAGACCUGAGAAACAGCCUGAACCUGACCGCCUCUGAGAGCUACAAGCGCCCAGGUUUCAGGGUGGCUUCUCCAGACUGUCGGCCUUUCCCUGGCUACACCAGUUCAGGAGAGGAUUCCAGGAGCCAACAAGCCUUCCCGAGCAUCGGGCAAAAUGGGGUGCUUUUUCCCAACCUGAAGACAGUCCAGCCAGUCCUUCCUUUCUACCGCAGUCCAGCCACUCCGGCUGAGCUAGCAAACACACCCGGGAUGCUGCCUUCCCUCCCUCUCUUGUCCUCUUCGAUCCCGGAACAGCUGGUUUCAAAUGAAAUGCCAUUUGAUGCUCUUCCCAAGAAGAAAUCCCGGAAGUCCAGUAUGCCCAUCAAAAUAGAGAAGGAGGCUGUGGAGAUAGCUAAUGAGAAGAGGCACUCACUAAGCUCAGAUGAAGAUAUGCCCCUGCACGUGGUCAGUGAGGAUGAGCUGGAGGCCUGCAGUCCUGGGUCAGACAGAGCCUGUGAGGAGCAGGACACACAGUCAGGAAGCUUAGGGAAGCCUCGCCCUGAAGGAGAGAGGCCCUGCCAUCUCAAACCAGUGAUUGAGUCCAGUGGAGCCCUCCGCCAAACCCCUGAGCAGGCCACACACAACUUGGAGAGGGAGACUGAGCAGAGGUCAGUGUUGACUCUGGUGUCACAGGCUGGGGAGGAUAGUAGCCAUGAACCUCACCUCACACCUGGGGUGGAGCCUUGUGUUCCUUUCCCUGACUACAUCAAACUGCAGCAGCACCUGCUGGCCGGGGGUGUCUUCAGUGCUUUGUCCACCAGAGGAAUGGCUUUUCCUUGUUUUGAAGAUUCCAAAGAGCUGGAGCACAUGGGUCAGCACCCAUUAGCAAAGCAGAAGGAGGAAAAUCGCUUCCAGUGUGACAUUUGCAAGAAGACCUUUAAAAAUGCUUGCGGUGUGAAAAUGCAUCACAAGAACAUGCAUGCCAAAGAAACGCACGUGUGCACCGUGGAGGGCUGUAAGGCCACGUUUCCUUCCCGCAGGAGCAGAGACAGACACAGUUCAAACCUAAACCUCCACCAAAAAGUGUUGCCCCAAGAAGCGUUGGAGAGUGGUGAAGACCAUUUCCGUGCAGCUUACCUCCUGAAAGAUGUGGCUAAGGAGGCCUAUCAGGAUGUGGCUUUUACACAGCAAGCCUCCCAGACAUCUGUCAUAUUCAAGGGAACAAGUCGGAUGGGCAGUUUGGUUUACCCAAUAGCCCAGGUCCACAGUGUCGGCCUGGAGAGCUACAACUCUGGUCCAGCAGGUGAGGGCACCAUCCUGGAUUUGAGUACUACCUCGAGCAUGAAGUCAGAGAGCAGCAGCCAUUCCUCCUGGGACUCAGAUGGGGGAAGUGAGGAAGGCACCGUGCUCAUGGAGGACAGCGAUGGGAACUGCGAAGGGCCAGGCCUGGUCCCCGGGGAAGAUGACUAUCCCAUCUGUGUCCUGAUGGAGAAGGCUGACCAGGGUUUUGCCAGCCUGCCUUCUGGGUUGUCCAUAACAUGUCACCUCUGCCAAAAGACAUACAGUAACAAAGGGACCUUCAGGGCCCACUACAAAACUGUGCACCUCCGCCAGCUCCACAAAUGCAAAGUCCCAGGCUGCAACACCAUGUUCUCAUCUGUUCGCAGUCGAAACAGACACAGCCAGAAUCCCAACCUGCACAAAAGCCUGGCCUCCUCUCCAGGCCACCUCCAGUAACAAGAUGGUAGACGACGUUUGGUUGGAUAAGCAUUUGUCAUAAUUCAGGAAUCAGGUAGUCCAAAGAAAUGUUUCUGUUUAAUACCAUUGGGGGCAAACCAGACAAAGAAUAUUUGAGUUGACUUUAUAGUCUUCUAUAGCACAAUGAGUGAAAAACAAGCCUUGUGGGAAGUUGUCUUUGCGGCAGCAUUUCCUCUUAUUUUCCUUAGUCGAAGAGGUUUUUCCCUGAUAUAACAAAAACUUGCAGAAAUAUGUUUUUUUCCCAGAUUUGUUUACACAUUCCCUGGGAGAGCUCCAUGUCUGCAGAUUGACAACAAGGCCCAGGACCUGGAGGCACUUUGAAGUGAGGCUUGUAGUAUUAAGGGUCAAUUGAAUGUCCUGGGGUAACAGGCCGUCACCAUGGGUGACACCAAGAGCCAGUCCCAAAGAUCACAUUUUUCAGUUCCUGUUUUAACAAGUCUGAAGUCCAGACUGGAGUUUGGAAAAAUGACUAUUCAAGAUUGUCCUUCCAUUUAGAGAGGAGAAUUGCUUUUUUUCCCCUCCUAAAGGUCUCAUGUGUUUACUCCAGGGAGUUCACAGAGGAAGUGGGUUGGCCUCUAAUAUAAGGAACAUGGAUGUUACCAAGGAUGUUAGUUCUUGUUCUAUAACAUGCAUUCAAGAAGCCGGCGG